AUGACAGCUACGAGAGAGAUACUCAGCAAAGAUGUGUUAAAGCCAAUUCGACAUUCAAUUCAUUUACCAAGUGUCUGUGGUCGACAUCCAUCGCCACAAAUACAAGUCUACCUAUCCGCAAUUCACCCUAUUAUGAUGUACCGAUCGGAGACUUGGGCAGCGCCGGCGACGGUGAUGGAAAAGCUUGACUUCAUGGAGAGAAAGCUGUUUAGACGACCGCUAGGCUACUUUUGGCCGUUGAUAUGCCAUAACGAAGAACUUUACUCGGAAGUGGACAUGUUGUACCGGCGGAUGACAUGUGACCCGGCCUUCUGA